UUACAAACGACCUUUAUUCCCUAAUAACAUCGUCAUCUACGUCGGGUUUGUGCAUAUAACCGACACCCAAGCCUUUUCUUCCCUCGUGGGUUGGAGGAUGAGUGCAGGUCUAUAAGCGCAACUGUCCACAUUCCACCUCGCAAACACACAACUGCCAUCAUAUUACAUCCAAAACAUCGCAUUUUUCCCAUUCUCAUCAAACGAAUUUACACCAUGUCGUUGUUUGGCGCUUCAAGCUCGGCAGGCCAAUCCAACAAUGCCACCACAUCCAGUGCGCCCUCUUCCGGUGGCUUGUUUGGCUCUACGACUACGACUACGACUACCCCAGGCGGCCUUUUUGGUAACAACUCUGGCGGUGGUUCAUCAACCGGUGCACCUAGCUUCUCCUUCGGCGGUAUGGGGAAUAAUAACACGACCGCUUCGGCUGCUUCGACUGCUUCGACCGCAGCUCCAGGCAAUCUGUUUGGAAACGUAUCCAAACCGGCGGAGCAGAAGCCUUUGUUUGGAGCAGCGGCGACAAGCAACCCGCCUGGUUCAUUGUUUGGUGCGGGUUCUCAAACUUCUACUUCUAACAUCUUUGGCAACAAACCAGCUCAGUCUAAAAUAUUCGGAGAUGCUUCUACUGCGCCAACAUUACCAGGUUCGACUAUGAGAUCCCCUCCGACCACAAGCGCUCCUCCAAGCUCAACGUUUGGGGCAAAUAAUAACAGUUCGACACCAGCCACCUCCGGCACCUCCACCACGACAGGAUUAUUUGGUAACCUCACCAGCGGAAAUGGCGGUCCCGGUCUUUUUGGCGGUGCCGGCGCGGGCAGCACGCCAGCAAACAAUACACCCGGUGCAUCGACGCCAACAAAACCAGUGUUCGCUCUAAACUCAACCACUCCUGCGGGAGCCCCUCCGGCAAAGCCUGCUGAGAGCCUUUUCUCGAAACCGCAGGGCCUCGCACCCGCCCAACAAGGAGAGCAAACGGGGAUCCCAUCAUUCUCGUAUUUGGCCAAUGCAACGGCGGCCCAGCCGGCGUCCUCCGCCCCGAGCUCUAGUUCGGUCUUCGCGAAUGCAGGUGCCACUCCGGCCUCUAAUCAAGCCUCUAAUCUCUUCGGGGGCUUGAAACCUGCUGAGAGCAACUCUGCUCCGAGUAUAUUUGGAGCGAAAGCCGCACCGAGUAGCGACGCGGGACUCUCAGCAUCGUCACUUUUUGCACAACAAGCAUCAUCCAAGCCUGCCGAGACGUCGACUAAACCCGCUGGUUCUCUCUUUGCAGCAGGUGCCACGCCGACAACAUCGGCCAGUACACCCUCGCUAACAUUCCCUAGUUUGGGUGGUGGCACUUCGUCUACUCCUGUGAAUACGGUUGCUUCUGCUGCCCCGACAACAGCCCAACCAAGCUCACUCUUUGCAAACCUUAACAAACCCGCUGCUAAUGCUGCUACACCUGUACCGGCUAAGACGCAAGCACAGGCGAGUAGCAUGUUUGCUAAUCUAGGGAAGCCUGCCUCCAGUGCCGCAACCACUGAACCGGCUAAGCCUGCAUCUAGUUUAUUUGCUGGCGCUACCGCUACCUCGACAGCUGGAACUACACCUGCUGCGACUACCUCACAACCCGCCGGCGCGGCAACUUCUGCUGCUACAGGCCCUACUUUCCCGGCAACGGUAGCCCCGAUCACGACUGCGCCGUUUGGGGCCGCAGCGAAGCCUGCCCUGUCAACAGAUGGCGCGGCGGCGCAACCAGCUGCGGGUGCCGCCCCCAGCCUUGCUGCUUCCACUGCUGGUCCUCCUUCGUCUAUGGCGCGACUGAAGAAUAAGACUAUGGACGAGAUCAUUACUCGUUGGGCUACUGACCUCUCGAAAUACCAGAAAGAAUUCAAGGAACAAGCAUCUCAAGUCGCGCAGUGGGAUCGUCUCCUUGUUGAAAAUGGAGAGAGAAUUCAGAAGCUUUACUUGGAGACUUUUGAAGCCGAGAAGGGUAGUCGUGAGAUCGAGCGACAGAUUGUUGGCAUCGAGAGCCAACAGGAAGAGCUUGAGUCGUGGUUAGACAGGUACGAGGGCGAAGUGGACGCUAUGUUUAACAAACAAGUCGGACACGGAGAGCAGCUAGCAGGACCUGAUCAGGAGCGUGAGAAGACCUACAAGUUGGCCGAGAAGAUUACUGAGAAGUUGGAUGAUAUGGGCCGUGACCUUACUAAGAUGAUUAAGGAAAUCAACGACAUCUCCGGCACGUUGAGCAAAGGCAGCAAGCCGGAUGACCCGUUGAGUCAAAUCGUCCGUGUUCUUAACAGCCACCUGGCCCAACUGCAGUGGAUCGAUACCAACGCCGCUACAUUACAGGCUCGGGUUUUAGCUGCACAGAAGGAGCGUAGCACGAUUGGCAGUCAUUAUGGCGGCCCGGAACAGGAUAAUGUGGACAGCUUCUACCGAUCCUACAUGGGACGUAGGUAAUCCCAUAAUAUUUAGUAUCCAGGCUAUUCAGAGGCGGUGCUUUUUUUUCUUAGGGGAAGUUUGUCAGGAGUACAGGGCAUCAUGCGCAGAAUUUCGAUAUAAUUCAUUGAUCAUGGCACG